GAAGGGGGCGCUCAUCGUGAGCAACGCGCUGGCGUUCGCGGGGGGGGCGCUCAUGGGGCUGGCCAAGAUGGGGCCCUCGUACGCGCUCGUGCCGCUCGGCCGCUUCCUCGCCGGCGCAUACUCAGGGCUGGUGUCGGGGCUCGUGCCCAUGUACGUGGGCGAGAUCGCCCCCACGCGGCUCCGCGGCGCCCUGGGCACCCUGCACCAAGUGGCCAUCGUGAGCGGCAUCCUGGGCGCCCAG